GCUGCUGUGCGCCUCCGCCGACGACCCGACUGACUCCGCUGCGUUACGCGCCGCUCCGGCUGUCAGCCGCGCGCCUCGCCCGCCUGCUCCCGCCCGCAAUUUCAGCCCGGGGCGGACCUGGGUCCCUGCGCUCUCGCGAGAAGUGCGGCGCUGCGGGGCCGUGGGCGCCGGAGCCCGCGCGGCCCUCCAGGGCCGAACAUGGUGGGGCGCACGGUGACGCCUCAGCUGCUGCUCCUUGUGCUCGUCCUUCACCCCUGGAAUCCCUGCCUAAGUGCGGACUCGGAGAAGCCCUCGAGCAUCCCCACAGAUAAAUUAUUAGUUAUAACUGUAGCAACAAAAGAAAGUGAUGGGUUCCAUCGAUUUAUGCAGUCAGCCAAAUAUUUCAAUUAUACUGUGAAGGUCCUUGGUCAAGGAGAAGAGUGGAGAGGUGGUGAUGGAAUUAAUAGUAUUGGAGGAGGCCAAAAAGUGAGAUUAAUGAAAGAAGUCAUGGGACACUAUGCUGAUCAAGAUGAUCUGGUUGUCAUGUUUACUGAAUGCUUUGAUGUCAUAUUUGCUGGUGGUCCAGAAGAACUUCUAAAAAAAUUCCAAAAGGCAAACCACAAAGUGGUCUUUGCAGCAGAUGGAAUUCUGUGGCCAGAUAAAAGACUAGCAGACAAGUAUCCUGUUGUGCACAUUGGGAAACGUUAUCUGAAUUCAGGAGGAUUUAUUGGCUAUGCUCCGUACAUCAACCGUAUAGUUCAACAAUGGAAUCUCCAGGAUAAUGAUGAUGAUCAGCUCUUUUACACUAAAAUUUACAUUGAUCCACUGAAAAGGGAAGCUAUUAACAUCACAUUGGAUCACAAAUGCAAAAUUUUCCAGACCUUAAAUGGAGCUGUAGAUGAAGUUGUUUUAAAAUUUGAAAAUGGCAAAGCCAGAGCUAAGAAUACAUUUUAUGAAGCAUUACCAGUGGCAAUUAAUGGAAAUGGACCCACCAAGAUUCUCCUGAAUUAUUUUGGAAACUAUGUACCCAAUUCAUGGACACAGGAUAAUGGCUGCACUAGUUGUGAAUUUGAUACAGUUGACUUGUCUGCAGUAGAUGUCCAUCCAAGUGUAACAAUAGGUGUUUUUAUUGAGCAACCAACUCCUUUUCUACCUCGAUUUCUGGACAUAUUGUUGACACUGGAUUACCCAAAAGAAGCUCUUAAACUUUUUAUUCAUAACAAAGAAGUUUAUCAUGAAAAGGACAUCAAGGUAUUUUUUGAUAAAGCUAAACAUGAAAUCAAAACUAUAAAAAUAGUAGGACCAGAAGAAAAUCUAAGUCAAGCAGAAGCCAGAAACAUGGGAAUGGACUUUUGCCGUCAGGAUGAAAAUUGUGAUUAUUACUUUAGUGUGGAUGCAGAUGUUGUUUUGACAAAUCCAAGGACUUUAAAAAUUUUGAUUGAACAAAACAGAAAGAUCAUUGCUCCUCUUGUAACUCGUCAUGGAAAGCUAUGGUCCAAUUUCUGGGGAGCGUUGAGUCCUGAUGGAUACUAUGCACGAUCUGAAGAUUAUGUGGACAUUGUUCAAGGAAAUAGAGUAGGAGUAUGGAAUGUCCCAUACAUGGCUAAUGUGUACUUAAUUAAAGGAAAGACACUCCGAUCAGAGAUGAAUGAAAGGAACUAUUUUGUUCGUGAUAAACUGGAUCCUGAUAUGGCUGUUUGUCGAAAUGCUAGAGAAAUGACUUUACAAAGGGAAAAAGACUCCCCUACUCCGGAAACAUUCCAAAUGCUCAGCCCCCCAAAGGGUGUGUUUAUGUACAUUUCUAAUAGACAUGAAUUUGGAAGGCUAUUAUCUACUGCUAAUUACAAUACUUCUCAUUAUAACAAUGACCUCUGGCAGAUUUUUGAAAAUCCUGUGGACUGGAAGGAAAAGUAUAUAAACCGUGAUUAUUCAAAGAUUUUCACUGAAAAUAUAGUUGAACAGCCCUGUCCAGAUGUCUUUUGGUUCCCCAUAUUUUCCGAAAAAGCCUGUGAUGAAUUGGUAGAAGAAAUGGAGCAUUACGGCAAAUGGUCUGGAGGAAAACAUCAUGAUAGCCGUAUAUCUGGUGGUUAUGAAAAUGUCCCAACUGAUGAUAUCCACAUGAAGCAAGUUGAUCUGGAGAAUGUAUGGCUUCAUUUUAUCCGGGAGUUCAUUGCACCAGUUACAUUGAAGGUCUUUGCAGGCUAUUAUACGAAGGGAUUUGCACUACUGAAUUUUGUAGUAAAAUAUUCCCCUGAAAGACAGCGUUCUCUUCGCCCUCAUCAUGAUGCUUCUACAUUUACCAUAAACAUUGCACUUAAUAAUGUUGGAGAAGACUUUCAGGGCAGCUUUCCCAUUGACCUUCUAUGAGCCAAGAGGAGAAAGAAUUUUAAAAAUACCUAUUUUUGAAAUGAUUUCGUGCUUGUGAUAGCGAGUCAACAAAGAUGAUUCUCAGUGAACCACGCCUCCUAGUACUCAAAUCAUUGUGAACCCAGGUGGGUACUCUGUAACCAAUAGAAUAUGGUAGAAGUAACUGCCUAAUUCCAAAUUGGGUUAUAAAAAGCUGUAUGGUUUUGAUCUCUUGGGACAUUUACUGUUAGGGCUUUCUCUGUAGAAUCCAGAUGCCAUGCUGUGCCCAUGCCACAUGGGAAGGCCAUGUGCAAGCACUCUGGCCAGCAGCUGAAACCAAGCUCCCACAUCAACUUCUACCACGAGUGAAUUAUUUGGACAUCAGUCCCAGAUAAACUUUCAGAUGAAUAUAGCUCUUGUCAACAUCUGCCUGCAACGACAUGUGAGAUGCCUUAGCCAAGAACACCCAGCUGAGCUAAGCAAACCCAUACAGAGCUAUAAAAGAUGAUGAUAACUUAUUAAGUCACUAAGUUUCCACAUGGUUUGUUACACAGCAAUGAAUAACUGAAACAGGAUUAAUUGCCUACAGUGCAUCUCUAAUAGGCUUUUUCUUCUCAAAGCACUUUGCAUACUGGAUUAUUUACUUACCUUUCAUUCUCCUUAGUAAGGCCCUUGGCUCUUUGAGGGCAAAGACUGGGUCUUAUUUCAUCUUUUCUAGACUCUAGCAUACAGUCUGGCAUACAGUAGGUAUUUGUGUGUGACUUGGAAGUUAGUUUUAUGUCUGAUUUUAUUGUAUUUGAAUCAAAAUGAUAUCUGAGGGGGACUAGGUGUUUCGAAUUUAAGAGGUAGCAAAAAAAAAAAAAAAUCUGUAUACUUUAGUUAUGUGAAGUAAAGAUGUGUGAAAGAUUGUACAGUUUGUCCCUGAAUAAAGGAAUAUGUAAGUGGCCUCAAGUUGGAUGAGAGAUGCACUAUGCCAUUCUAAAAAGAAACUGCUAUCACUGUUAUCCUCAGCACUGUGGGCCAAGGGACUGAGAGAAGGAGGGUUCAGCUUAUGAGUAAUUUGUUUAGCAUGUCUAUCAGUAUGUGCUUACUAUGUGUAUUUUUACUAAACAUUCAGUAAAUAUUUUGAAUUGAAUUUGCUUUUAUAAAUCUUAAAGCAGUUUUCUACAAGGUGCUUUAAAAAGUGUUAUUUUACAUAGUGAUUAAAAACUCUAUAUUUUGUCCUCUAAACUAGAAAAUAGUUCUAAAAUAGAAAUAUGUUAAAACAGUGGAUUUUCAAAUACCAAGAGAGUGUAGCUUUGAUAUGUACUGACACUGGAACUAGUGUUGUUACCCCAGUUACAGAUUCCAUUGCCCUUUGGGUAUGGCCUCUCUUGAUUUUGACCAAAUAGCAUUUUAACACCUAUUCAGUAUGGUCUUACAAAUGUGAUAAAUAAUGGAAUGAAAACUUUCUAAUUUCAGAAUUAUGGACCUAUAGGACUCUCUUAAAAAAAUGAAUGAUUUAGGAAAAUUGUAACUGGAGUGAUGUCAGAAAAAAUAGAACCUCUCUUGAGGUUCUUGUGAUGUUGUAUUUUUUAAUCAAUAUAGAGAUGAUAUUUUUAAUUUUUUAAAAUUGGUAAGUGAAUUGCCCAAUCUGAGACAUUUAUAAGGUACCAAAGAGCAAAUUUAAGUAUGUAAAGUAAUAAGAAUUAAGAGAGAGCAAUGAGAUUCAGGAGUUAUAAUAAAUCUAUAUUUCAAAGUAGGUAUGUGAAGAAUGAACAUAAACAUGUCUAACUUGCCAUUGAUUAGAGGGGUUUCAUCUGCUAAAUUGGGACAUUUGUUUUGGCAUUAAACUUUCUAAUCUAUUAUUUUUGGAAAGAAUAUAAUCUACACUAUAUUCCAGACAGUUUCAUCCUCCAAUAGAUUUUCUUGCAAAUAUUUGAUCCAAUGUUACACUAUUUUUUUAAGUUCUAUACUAGAACAAGAAUUACAGAACAUGUAUUUGUCUGUAUGAUGUAAUUAAUUUGUAUCCUCUCUCAGAUAUGUUCAUAGCCCUGAAUCUUAAUCUUCAUUGAUGGUUUACUUUUGUGAGAGUUACAUGUAUAGCUCACUGAAUAUACAUGGGCCUCUUAGAUUUCCUACCCACUAAUAGAUGGAACUAUGGAACUACUUUUGGCCAGUGGCCAAUGAAUAGAAGUUAGGUGAAUUACUGGCAAAGCCACACAUUUAUGAGCCUAUUUUAGAGCCCCUUGAAGCAUAUGUAUUGAUAUGCCUGGAUCUCUGAAUCAGUAUUUGGAAGUAAGUUGUCCUUAAUAGCUGUCAGGACCACAACAGAUUUGUGCAAGAGAGAAAUAAUGUUUCCUAUGUUAAGCCACUGUGUUUUCAAAGCUUACAAGAUCACUUAUUUUAACCUGACUAAAACAAGCAUCCCAUGUGUGAGAAAAAGAUGUAGAUUUCAUUUGGACAAGAUGGAUUUAGGUUUAUGUUGAUUUACAAAUAAUAAAAAUCUAGAGUUAUCUUAGGGUUUGUUAUUCAAUUUGUGUCAUCUAACAAUAGAAUCUGAGGAUUGGAAGUAGUCUUAAAAGCUGUAUAGUCCAAGGUCUGUCCUACCUCUUCCCUAAACAAAUCAUCUUUUAAGCUUGCCUGGUUGUUGAUCACCCAGACUUUACUUGAAAACUUCAUUUAGUGUUCAUGGGUAUCUGUUACAAGCCCAUCAAUGUACCUGAAAUUAUAAACAUGAUUUAGAUAUCAACCCUGCAUUACAGUCUGGUGACAGGCAAUUUACUGCAUCCUAACACAGAAACAGCCAAGCCUUUUCAUAACUGUAAUGAAGACUGUCUUUUGUAACUUCUAUGUAAAGUUUAAAUGAGUAUAUUUGGAAAUUACAUGAAAAACCUAAUUAUGGGUUUAUUAAAUAUUUAACAGCAGUAAUUACAACAGUUGCCUCCCACCUAUCACCCCUCUAUGCCUCACCUCAUUACCUUUUCCACAUUUAAAAAUACCAGAUUCUUCACUAGUCUUUGUAUGACCACCCUUGCUGCUCCUCCCAACCGACUGGCUUGCUGAUUUUACAAGGUCCUAUUUAUCAGUAUCACUCUCCUCAACACUUGGAAUGGUUUAUCAAUAUAGCCAUGGAAGGGUGGUGGCCAGAUCUGGACUUAAUAUGCUAGGUAUUACAAGGUAUAAGUGGUAUAGAAACAAAGAGAAGAAACAUACUUUGUAUUUUUGUUAAUAAAAUUAAGUAUCAAAUAACUUUUGGUAAGGGAUGGGCAUCUGUAUUGCACUGCCCAUAAUUUGCAGUCAGAAAAAAUUUGUUUUCCUUCUCAUAACAACACUGUUAAGCCAUAACUUCAGUUUAUAGUACUUACUCUCACAUUUUUCUUGAGCCAAGUAUAAAAUGCUAUUAAAUUAAAUUUUAUUGGUUUUCAAUUAUAGUUUUAGCCUGUUUCAAUCUUUGUGAAAGUUGAUUCUAUCAAUCAACAUAGUUUAGUCAUUCUCUUCCUGGGCUCAUGCCACCCAAAAGGAUGAGCGAGCUUUCAACAUCGACUCUUGAUACUUUACGAAACUAUUCAGAAAGACCGACCAGAAUUCUAAUGGCUUGCUCUGUACUCUAUACAUUUAUAAUCAAAGGCUGAUCACGGCUACAGUAUUUUUAAACUUGUUCUGUUUUUCAACAAACAAUAUACUUACUUGCAAUUAAAUGAAAAUAAGGCAUCGAUUUCUGAAAUUUUAGAGAGCUACCUUAGAAAUUAAGUUUUAGUUGUUGUCAGCCUUGGCCUCCUAUUAAAAUCACCUGGGAACUAUUAAAAGCAUUUAAUGCUGUGACCCUACCUAGACCUAUUAAAUUCCAUUCUCUGGGGGUGAGGCCGGGCCAUCAGUUAUUUUAAAAGUUCUCCAAAUGCUUCUAAUGUGAAGAAAAGGUUGGGAGAAUCUGAUCUAGCUUAGCACUUAAAGGUUAUACUGCUUAUUUCUACCACUACACAACACUUAUAUACUGAGUUUACUGCAGUGAAUUAAUGGAGCUAUUUUAAGUGGAAAAUGUCUGAUCAGUCGUUAAAUAGCAGUAUAAGUGAAAUCUAUAACUAAAAUUCCUAUUUUGAAAGACAAAAAGAAAAACCGACUUCUCUUUGAGGGCAUGCUAUACCCAGGGACUUGGCUAGUGCUAAGGAGGGCAUGGUAGACCUCCUGGGAUCACACAAAGAACAAGCAGCUCCUGCUUGGUUUUACCCAAUAGCCUGAUUCCCCUCAGUCAUUCUGUGAUGCUAAAGCCUCUCAAUUCCUAGGACAUGAUUUGAGAAAUUUCAUAAAGUCUCAAGUCGUUCUUUCAGGUUAUUUGUGUCAGGGUCUGAACCAAAGACACUGACCCAGUGACAGAUGAACAAAUUCACUCAAACGUAAAUAAAUCUCCAGUGAAAGAGUGGGCUGGGGAUCCAUGGUCACUCACAGACACUCCUGAGAGAGAUAGCGGCCAUGGCCCUGACCAGCUGGCCCUCUAGGCAUUUAUUCAGUAUGGAUUCAAUAACAGAGGAAAUGAGUCAACACACUUGUGGAUUAAAGGCCAGGUUCCAAGGCCUAAAGCAAACAUAGUUGUGGGUGAUGAACCUGGUCACCUUCCUCCUGAGAGAGCCAUCCAGCAUGCGGAUGAUUAAAGGUUAGUUUUAGGACCACAAGUUAUUCAGAUAAAUUCCCCCACAUUCCCUAGUUAUUUGCUUUUCUUUAUCAACUAGGGGAUUAGGCUGCCUUCAUCCAAAACUUCUGAAACUAUGCAAACUUUUCGGCCUUCCUGGAAGGUUUGUGACUAAAUUCUAUAAUUUUAUAGUCUUUCCAAUCAUCCUGACUGAACUCCCACAUAUUUGUACAAUGGGGAAGAAAGUAUCUAUACCUUAGCCUCUUUCCCAUGUCUAUGACAGAUCACCUGGCCUAGUGCUAAGGAAGGCAUGGUAGACCUCCUUAGGUGCUUGAGUAUCUUACAGAUUGUUCACCUAUGGUUGAAAAGCUCUUAUCAAAAUGCUCUUACUUUUAUUGAGCUGAUAAAGUUGCCAGCCUAACUUCUAUCUAUUCGUUCUGGCAUUGCCUCCUGGAGGAACACAGACUAUGUUGACUGUCUGUUCCAUAUGUUAGCAAUGCAGAUAUAUCAUAAUUUUCCUAAAUCUGCUCUUCCAGAAAAGAUUUCAGGCUUUCAAAACCAUAUAAUCAUCCUGUCCUUGGUGACUCUGUUUUUCUCCUUUGUCAACAUCACAUUUCACAAUGUGUCACCUGGAAUAGCAGAACAACCUGGCUAUAAGAGUGGUUCUGAUUUGAUCUGGUCAUUGUAUUUCUAGAAACGAGGCCCAAGAUUUUAUCAGUUUUUACCAGGUCAUACCACGUUGUCUUAAAAUAUCAAUGAUUUUCAAACCAGGCUGCACAUUAAAAUCACUUGGAAGAGCUUUGAAAAAUAUACCUAUGUCAUUUGCUGUCAAUGGUGAUACAAGUUCCCUUGUAUCAAUAUGAUAUAAUUAUGUCAUCAGGGUAUAAUGAUGAUACCCUGUUCUACCCUUGCCAAUUAAAUCAAUCUCUGGGGGUAAGGCCCAGGUAUAGUGAUUUUUAAAAGUAUUUCAGUGAUUCUAAUGUGCAUCUAAAUGAGUUACAUUCUUAAAUGUGGUUUCUCUCAACUUGUAGGGAAAUAUAAUUUGUUGUUGUUUGAAUGUAAAUAUCAGGCUUUUGAUCUGUUCUAGUUUAAUUUUCUGACAAUAGUAGCCCCAGAAUUUUCAAAUAUAAUUCUUGAAGAUUAUAACAAGUUAGAUUAGUGUUUAUGUCCAUAAAAUGUUUAGAAAAGUUUGAAAAGGGCUUUGAAAAAGUAAAGAUUAAUUUAGUGUUAAUAUUUCUAAUAUUGUUGGGUUUAUGCAUAAUAUAAUUUGGUUAAGAUGUAUCAUAAAUAAAAGUAUUUUAAGAU